CUGGCUCUCUUUUUCACCCACCAAAUCCUCCAUUGCUUUCAAUUGAUACAUACAACUCUUCUCUUCUCUUUCUUUCUUUCUUUCUUUCUUUCUUCCAUAGACAUCUGUCAUCACCAUCCAUCCAUCCAUUUAUUUUCUUUUGUUUUUUAUGGUAAUGCAAUCUCUUUUGGUUUGCAUGUCCAUAAUAACUGUUUCCAAAGCAUUUUAGCCUUUCUUUCUCUGUCAGGUUUGUUAUUGUUAAUGUCUCCUAUUUUUGGGAUAUGUUGAUACUUUUGAGGUCAAUAGCUCACUACCUCCUAAAACAAGUAUUGCCAUAUAACCUCUGUCUCCCCUGUUUUCGUAUUGGUGUUCUGUUUUUGGAAUUCAUUUCAUUUCUACAAAGGUGGGGUUUUAUUAGUAGAGUUAUUUCUGUGGUUUGAUUGUAUUCACAAUCCUCUCCACCAUUCUUUUCUUUUUCCCCCUUUUUGAUUCUCCAAAAUGGGUUCUUUCCCUUUCGUAAUGGUGUUCGAGAAAUGGGACGCUUGAUUAUACCUUUUCUAUACAUUCUCAGGUUCUGUUUUUAGAAAGAAAAUGGCGUCUCAGGUUGAGAUUGCUUCAUCUGCUCCAUUUGGUCGUGUCUUGAAAGACCAUAACCGGCGAGACCAGUACAUCAGAGAGAAUAAUACCAGGGAAAAUGCUGGUACACAGUCUGCAUUCCAGAAGAAUCUUAAAGAAUUGGUUAGAGGUCAUCUCCACACUUGCAUCUCUGUUUCCUCUAGUUCCUCCUCUGAUGAGAAUUCCCAGAAUUAUAUCAUUAAUAGCAAUGUCAAUCAUCAACAGCGUCAACAUUUAAGAUGUUUGACUAACCAACAGGAAACUAGUAAUGUCUCUGAUAAUAAUGUUGGUGAUUCUUCAACUAUGAGCUGCAAGCAGGCAAGAAUUCUUGAUCAAUGGGCCGCCAAGCAGGCUCAAGCAAUGGUAUCAACGAUUGAGAAUCAGAACCAGGAGGCAGAGCUCUUGAAUGCAGCGCAGAAGAAUUCAUCUUCUGCAAAAGAGAACUCCCAUAAUUCUAAACCCGAAAAUUCAUCUGCAGCCUCGAAUCGUGGAGCCUCUUCGCUCGUGCAGAUAUGGGAGGCAAGGCUGAGUCGACCUGAGCCAAAAAUGGAUCGGUCUAAUAGCUUCAAGAACAAUUCAAUCUCUGCUCCUACGACUAGCAGGACAAGUUCUACAUCUAGCUACAAUGAAAUUGUAUCAUCAUCUGUUGAAGAACCACCGAGGAAUUCAGAUAUAAUUGAUUCUGUUACCAAUGAGGAGUCCCUGGCAGAUUGGGAUUCAGCUGCACACAGUUCGCGUUCGUCAGUAAAUUUCAGGUGUUCGGAUGCAGGAGAGAGCGAGAGAGUUAGAAUUGCAGACAUUAUCAAAAGAUUUACAUCUGAUAGCAUUGAUCAUGAGCAGGGGAGUAGUGUUGGUGAUCCGCCUUCGCGUAGACAUUCUUGUGGUUCUGAUCAAUCAGAGCUGAGAGCCCUGUCACAAAUUGUAAAUUCACCAAAGAUAAGGGGAAGACAAGCUUUCAAUGAUUUGCUUUACCAGAUGGAGCAAGAAAGGCUCAGGGAGCUCGAGUCGCUGGCAGAGCGACAAUCUGUUUCAAGAUUCCCUCAACGUGGCCGCAUUCAGUCCAUGCUUCGGCUAAGAUUCCUGCAACGUGGUGUGGCCAUUCAAGAACAACAACGAUCACGAUCAAUUCGAUCAACAAUAGCAUCUGAUGGUAAUCGAUCGCAACAAGGGUCUAUCAUCAUGCAUCUGAGGGAGAGAUUUAGUAGUGCAGGUGAUGUUGACCAUGCCACAAGCAGCCUGAGUGAAGCUCCUCCAAGAAAUGUUAAGGAGAUGCCAAAUAAUCCUUCAAAUGACGGAAGUCCUUCCGCAGUCAAUCACGUGAUUAAAGACAAUUAUGAUCAAGAUAUCUCUAUUACUGAGCAGCAGGCUGCACCCCCGGCAGAUGACUCGCCGUCACAAGUAAGUGAAGCCCAUGAAGAAGACGCUCAUGAAGAAAAUAGUGUAAGAUCAGAUGUUACAUGGCAAGGAGCAAGUUCAGAAUGUGAAAAUUUUGACCCAGGGGAAGUUUCUGGAUCGACACAAUCCUUGAAUAACUGGGAUGGGAAUGAAAUGGAUGACGAAGAAAUAGUAGAACAGCAAGAUUUUGGGGAAACUAAUUACGACUGGUUUACUGAUAUAGCUCGCCCGAGAAGCUACUGGGAAGACCAAAGGCAAGCAUGGUAUCAGGAAAUGCUUACUACUAGUUCAGACAAUAAUGAAAUAAGAAAACUCCUUGAAAGAAGAACAGUUUCAACUUUUCUUGCAAGUGACUUCCGUGGUAAAAUGGAUCAAUUGAUGGAAUCUCAUGUACAAAGACAAGUCAUCCGAGAAGAUGAAGAUUUAGAUGAAGAAAGUCAGGAUAGAAUGGGGCAAUUAAUAUUGUCUUUCUUUCAAAGACAUUCGCAUACAACAGGCAGUCAACAAGAAGAUGAUCAAGACGAAAUUGAAGAUGUAGUAGAAGCUGAAGGAGAAGAAGAAGAAGAAGAAGAAGAAGAAUAUGCAGGAGGACAAGUGUUACAAGAAGAAGUGGAUGAAGAUGAACAGCAACAAGAACAAGCAAGCCCAGCAUCAGUGCAUUCUCUAUCUCCAUUCAGGUCAUGGAAUUAUAAUCCUCAACAUCAUGAAGUUGCUGACAGCUCAGAACAGGCUUCACUCCCAUAUCUGCCAUCUCAAUCCUCCACUCAGCAUAGGCAAUACUUUGCCUCCCCAAGUCAUCCAUCAAUUGAUAUGGAAUUGAUAUACGAUAUAAGAGGGCAUAUGGAGCAAAUGCAGCGUGAAAUGUCUGAACUGAGAAGAACAAUGCAGGCCUGCAUGGAAAUGCAAGCAAAGCUGCAGAACUCCCUGAAGCUGGAAGUACAUCCAGUUAUCCUUUCAGUUCAAGAGGCAUCAAAGAAUUCAAUCAAUAUGGCAACAAAGAGACGCACUUGCUGUAUCUGCUAUGAAAUGCAGGUCGAUUCAUUUUUGUACAGGUGUGGGCAUAUGUGUACCUGCCUCAAGUGUGCCCAUGAGCUGCAAUGGAGUAGCGGGAAAUGUCCAAUAUGUCGAGCUCCGAUACUGGAUGUUGUGCGAGCAUAUAUGGAUUCAUAGAGCACCCCAGCAAACGAGUUCUUGCACCAGAGGACCGUCUAUCUUCAUAAAAAACACAAACUAAAUUUAACCAUGAUACGCAAAAAAUGAUAAAUGCUUAUAUUUGUUUCCUUCCUUUAUCUGAUCUAAUCACUAAUUAAUUAUACCGUAUAGUUUCUGUACAUGCUCAGUAAUUUACCACCAAAGGACAAAUUAAUUGUUUCUUCUUUGUACAUGUACUCUGUAUAUGUUUUUUAGAGGAGUAACAACAUUUACUAUAUCUGUUCCUUCUCCAUUUUA